GUUCAAAAGUUCUUAAAAAUCGACGUAAUGAAGUUUUUCUUUGUACAAAAUUUGGUCAUGCUUGGGGAGAAAAUGGGGAGUUCUUGGGUGUAAGUGGAAAGCCAGAAUAUGUUCACGAAUCAUGCGAAAAAAGCUUACAAAGAUUAGGUGUUGAUUGUAUUGAUCUUUAUUAUCAACAUCGUGUCGACACCACCGUUCCAAUUGAAGAUACAGUUAAGGCUAUGGCUGAGCUUGUUGAAAAGGGUAAAGUUAAAUAUAUUGGACUUUCCGAAUGUUCAGCUGAUACGCUUCGACGCGCUCAUAAAGUGGAAUACAGUCCAUGGUCCCUUGACAUUGAAACGAAUGAACUUAAAAAAACUUGUGAAGAACUUGGUAUUACAAUUGUCGCGUAUAGUCCAAUAGGACGUGGUAUUUUAUCGGGAAAAUAUAAAUCCGUAGAUGAUUUUGAACCUAACGACG